AUGGCUGUCGUGAAAUUGUUUGGAGCUUGGACUAGUCCAUAUUUUUACAGAGUAAUUUGGGCUCUGAAACUAAAAGGCAUACCCUAUGAAUGCAUAGAAGAAGAUCUCCUUAAUAAGAGCCCCUUGCUUCUUCAGUAUAACCCAGUUCAUAAGAAGAUUCCUGUGCUUGUUCAUGAUGGAAAACCAAUAUGUGAGUCCACCAUUAUCCCUCAAUAUAUUGAAGAGAUAUGGCCACAACCUUCCUUGCUGCCAAGUGAUCCCUACGAGAGAGCAAUGGCUCGUUUUUGGAUUAAAUUUGCUGAUGAUAAGCUAAUUCUUCUUGCUUUGAGUCCCUCAAUCUCAAAGAUGUAUCGAGCCAGCGGCGAAGAGCAAGAGAAGGCAGUAAAGUACAUCUUGGAAAUGUUAGAAACCAUGGAAGACCAUGGCUUGAUCGGAGGGAAGAAAUUCUUUGGGGGAGACAAGAUUAGCAUGGUGGACAUGGCAUUUGGUGCAGUUGCUCACUGGCUGGGAGUUAUUGAAGAUGCAGCAGGGCUAAAAAUAUUUGAAGCACACAAGUUCCCUCGUUUGCAGUCAUGGAUCCAAAAUUUCAAGGAAGUUCCUAUAAUUAAAGAAAACCUAACUGAUCGUGAUAAGAUGUUUGCUUUAUUAAAGCGUCGCAGAGAGAUGUUGUUGGCAUCUAAAUGA